UUUUGGAUGGAACAGGAUUUCACGAUGUCAUGUUACCAAAUAUUCAUAAAUAUUCUAAUCUGAAUAACAGAAAUGAUGCAAAGUCCCGAGAUCAAGAGCCCUCUUUUAUGGUUCCGGCAUUCCGGGAAGCUGGUCACGGAUUCCGAGAAAUCUUUUGUUAUUCGAGUAAUCCGAGAACAAAGAAGGGAAAACUACUUUCCAUUCCUUUCAUUGCGACAGAUUAAAUUAAUCAUUGUUGUCACAUUUUGAUAUUCGUCUUUUAACCCGGUACAAACGGCCUCGUGAUCCGUACGGUUUGACAGACCCUUAACUCGGUUCUUUUUCUUUGUCAGAAUACGGUCCGAAAACUUUCCAACAUGACAUUUGAAACGGUUUGUCGAUCCGAUUUGGACUGUUAAACGAGCCGAUAACCGUCUUGUUUACAGUUUGUUGGACCAUAUAGGUCGUAAAGCUGUUUUUUCGGGCGUGUUAAUACGUUCAUAUGGGAAGAGGAAGUUUGCUGUGUCAAGUCUUGAAAAGCAGCUGAUUGCUUUCGCCUAACGGUGCGUGUGCAGAGUUUGCGUGACUCUUUCACCAUUCCCGCUCACGUGACGUUUAUUUUACCGGUUUGCGGCUCAGUAUUUCGGUCAGCAGUGCGAUUAAAGAUGGCGGCAGGGUUUCAAGAACUCUUUACAAAUAUAUCUUUCGAAGUUAACCCAACAGAAUCAGAAGAUGUUGUGCAAUCACUGAAAAGGAAUUAUGGAGGCAAAUUUAACUCGCUCGAUAGUCAAGACUUGCUGUCAAGUUUGCAACUUUUAUUGAAGCAUGGAUUUGUGUCUGAGAACAAACUGACGCUGAUCGAAGAGUUUGUCGCCCCGAAAUCGAAACAGGAAGAACAGAUCAAGGAAAUGAUCAAGAGCUUCAAGGAAUCUCGGAAGCAGGAAGUUGAUUCAGAGAAGGAAUUGCCAGGGCGACAAGAUGAAAUCAAGAAAAUUACGAAAAGGCUUGAAACUAAAAGACAGUCGCUGGUUGUGAAUUUGUUUGGAUCGGCUGGAGUGGGAAAGACAACACUAGCAAAGAAAGUUUGUUCUAAAUGGCAAGGAAAGCAUUUUGUUUGUGAUCUAAGAGAAGCUAAAGACAUGAAAGCCAUUUAUCUCAACAUGAUGAGCUCCCUUGGACUAACUGUUCCCAUCGGCUACGUUGAUCAGAAUUAUGUUGUGACAAAAAUUCAUGAGAACAUUCAAGUGUUUAAUCAGCCAGUUCUUUUCUUACUCGAUAAUGUUGAACAAUUCACCGCUGGCCAAGGGAAGGAAGGCAAGAACUUGAAAACUGCUUUUGGUCAAUUUUUAGAAAGUCUUUCAGGAUUUGAAGGGAAAGACGAAGAAACAUCACUAAAACUGCUCCUGACAUCUAGGACUCAAUUGGAAGAUGCCAAAAGGGUGGAUAAUUUUGAGGUGAAUUCUCUUGAAAGUUCUUCUUCAGAGGAAAUCCUAGUUUCCAACGUACUCGUUAACGUUAAUACCCAGCAGAAGGACAAGCUUAUUGGCAUCUCCGAAGGAAAACCACUUCUUUUGAAAGGGUUAGCUGCUAUUCUGCGUCAAGAACGAAAAUCUCCGGACGAUCUUAUUGCUAGAAUUCAGGAAUCAAAAUUGGAGGAAGAUGCUAAAGAAAAGCCAUUUAAUUUUGAAGAAGAAGGACUGGAUGAGGGCCAGUUUUCAACAAUUAGAGAAAUGUUCAAUUCACUUCCCACUGAUAGCUUAAAAGUGUCUGCUGUAUCAAUUUCAUUGUUCUGUGGCCCUUUCUCUGUUACCACAGCUGCUGAGGUCCUCGGUGUAAGCCCAGAAGAUCAGGCAGAGGCUCUAGCUCAGCUGGAGGGGCUAGUAACUAGUGCAAUCAUCUCUGUGGUUAAUGAAGAAGCGAAGGAGAGGUUGUAUGACAUUCACCCACUUUUAAAAAAGUAUGCAGACAGCAUCAAGGAAGGUGCAAAAUUCCACAUGGCUUACUUAGAAGCUAAGGAACGUUUCCAUCAGCACUUUAUGGCAAAGAUGGAAAAGAUUGCAGAACUAAUCGAGCCUGACUAUGUUAGCGCAUUCCAAAUGUUUGAGACUGACAGAGCGAACUAUGAGUUUACUGUUGAGAUCUCCUUGCAGCCAGAAUAUUUCAGUGUUCCAGGUGAUUUUCGUGAGACUGCCUUGAUUGCAUCACUAUUCAAUGCUAUGCUGACUGAAGACAAACAGAUCAAGUUGUUUCAUUCCUGGGCUGAGAUGAGCAAUGACGACGGAGAGUCAGGCUCUUUAUUCCGGGCACAGUUAAAAUGCCGGGAAGCUCUGCAGGUUUUAGAUGUUGAGGGAACAGAGAGGGCCUUUGAAAUAUUGGACGAAGCAUUCUGUUCGUUAGAAAAAGUUCGAGACAAGGCUAGUGAAUCUUACAGGCUUAGCAAAGGACUUCACUUGUAUUCUGAGGGGGAAACGUAUUACAGAAACAGAGACUACAAGAGGUCAAUAGCAAGCUUGGAACUGUCACGUACAUUUUCAGAGAAGCUGCUUAGAGAUCAUACAGAUCUUGCAAGGUGCUACAAUGCUAUUGGGAAUUGCCAUUUCAAGCUCAGCGAGCCAAAGAAAGCACUUGAGUUCUACAAUGAAGCAUACAAGAUGCAAAAGAAAUCGGCAGGUUCUGAAAAUCACUUUGACAUGCCAGUGUACAAGAAUCAAAUUGGCACGGUGUAUGAGAGUCAGGAAAAGUAUGAUAGGGCGAUUGAAUGUUACAACGAGGCUCUAUAUCUUUUGGAUGAACUCAAACUCUCAGGAUUUUGGGAUGAAGCUCUCUUUCGUAGAAAUCUUGCCAAUGCUCUCAUGUUUCAAGAAAAGUAUUCCGACGCCUUGAAACCAGCAAAGAUAGCGUACAGCAUAAGGGAGAAACUUAAUGCGAAUCACCCAGAGACUGUGCGAAGCCUUUAUCAACUGGGAAUGAUUCAGGCAAACUUGGAGGACCGCAGGAAAGCCUUAGAGUUGUUUCUCACAGCAUGGGAGAUGGAGAAGUCACUUAGUGCAGGGAACCACAGCGAGGUGUGGCGACUGAUCAUUACUCGUGUCGAGGAGAUGUGCGAUGAAUUAAACAAUGGCGAGAAGAAGAAGCAAUUUCGGGACGAUGCUUUGAAGUUUUGUCAGCAUUUCUGGAAAGAGCAGAAAAGUUCAAAACACUUUAGAUUCACCAAGUACAACAAAGACAUAUUUUAUGCUAUAGUAUACUUACUGGGUGACAAAACAGACAAGUACGAAAAAGAAAAGAACGUCUUGUUGUUGGACAUGUACGAGGGAUUGCAGAGUGUUACUGAGGAGCAGUUUCAAGAGGAUUUUGAACAAGAAACAGACAACACUCUGCUUAAUGAGAUGAUGAAAGAAAGAGAUGAGAUCUUGGAGAGGUCAAUUGAGCUUUGUCGUGAACUCGAUGAGCAUAAGAAACGUUUAAAACUUCAGGAAAGCAAGUUGGCGCUUUACAAAAUGGCCCUCGUGAGGCCAGACUUCAUUGGCAAGAAGGAAAACGCUUAUGACAAAGCAAAACUCAAAAGCAUGGUGGAACAGCUGUACAAAUAUGCUGGACAGGAGGAAAACAUUCCCGAAUUCCGAAAGAACCUGUUAUCUACUUGGCAGACGCAGUGGGAAGAAGGGAAAAGUACCUAUACAGAGAAGACGAAGCAAAUUGGUUUGGCUAAGGAAGAAACAAUCAAUGGAAUCCUUCAGUUAUGCAAGGAACUCAACAAAGAAGAAAUGUACAAAAGAUAUGGUAAAGAAGCACUCCUUUUUAAAGAGGAACAAUGGGAAGUGAGGCAGGCUAAGAUGAAUGCACCAGAAAAGAAGAAGUUCCUCCGUGACAUCAAAAAAUUAGCAUCAUCUAUUAGAGAUCAUGAAAGAGAAAAAUGUUACCAUGAGGCGUACCAAGCACUUCAAGAUGGGAAGAAACCAAAGGCCACGUUACGUUCAAAUGCCAAUGAAAAUGUAGUGGUCCUCCCUGUCAAACAAAUUGUUUCCGAAUAUGAGCAGAAGGACGACGGUGAAGAAGGGGAAGAGGAAGAGAUUGAAGUUGAUUUAGACGAUGAAACAGACACCUCACAACAUAUUAACCAUAAGACCCUCAUCAAGAGGGGAGAAGUAUCGCAUGAAGGUGAUAUCUGGAACCUUCAAGAAGCUCCUGCAUCGGUUACAUUUUGUCGUGGAGCUGACACGAAACCAUUGCUCAUUGCAUGCUCAUUAUGGAGUCCCAGGACCCUCUCUCCACCCCUUGGCAGUAACGAAGUCUUGGUAAGCAACGUGAUUGAACUGUCACAUGAUGGUCCACCUGACCUGGAGUUCAGCGGGGAUGCCCAAGAAAGCGUUACUGUGGCUUUGAUGCACAGUGCCUGUAAUUUAAAAGGGUAUGAAGUUGUUAUCAAGCAGUUGGUUGACCUGGAAGACAAUGAAUGGAUAGAUUUGGAGACAGAAAACUUUUGGCAUACAUCAGCUAAGUCCACCCUUCCUCACUGGCUUUUUCCAGUUGCUGAAGCUGCAUGCACAAUAACACGUUAUUCCUCCUUUGCCGCAAUCUGGCGCCUCAAAACGUUCAUUUUCCGGAAGCCUAAGACUGUCACUGCUGAAUUUACUUGUACAGUGCCAGACUAUCCAGAUGUCAGUGUUUCAAUCCCUUGGAGUUCUGUGCCUGCCAUAGAAGACUUCUGUUUGACACUAAAGGUCCAAGAGCCUCCAAGCAUUGGCCUUAACGGAGAUGGAAUGUUAGUUGGUCCAGUCCUUCACGUAUCAUCUUCUCACAAUGUUGAACUUUUGGAACCAGCAAAAAUCACAAUUCCUCUUACAUUCUUUCAAGGAAAGAGAGAAUUGGAAGACCUACGUUCUGGAGAGUGGAAGAUAUUGCACAAUUCAAGAGAAAAAUCACGAGAAUGGACUGAAAGUACGGUUCUGUUAAUGAUGCCGCCAGUUCUUACAGAUGGAAUAAUGACAUUUCAAGUGAGGCAUUUCUGUCGGAUUUGGCCCUGGUGGUCGAGGAGGCCCUCUCAUGAUCUAAGGAGACGUGCUUCUAAUCUGUGCAGCAGAGAGCAGGGACAACGAGCUGGAUUCUUAGCUUGCUUGUGUGAUAAAGUGACACCGAGCAACUAUCUGCUGACUCUGAGCUGUUUUCCAAUUCACAUGAAAGAAAAAGUGAAUACCUAUUUAACCUCAACAUAUUCUGUGCCUUUUCAAGGACAGGGAACCUCACUGGAACCGCUUUGUAAAGAAGAUCAGGCGUUUGUAUCUCUUUCAGAGGCAUUCUCGUUACAGCAAAGUGGAAAUACAGAAGAGCUCUACUUAGUGUUUCUUGGAGAUGAACCAUUUGAUAGAAGUUGGCCUGUCAAAGUUCGCGAACUAAGUGAUCUGAGAGUAGACGUCUUUAAAUUGUACGUACAUGAUGGCCAGGAGAGAAGGCAAAUGUUGUGUACAAUGCACAUUAUCCCAAGAUCUCCAGUACAGGUGCCGUUUCAUCCAAGCUCCCAAGCAGCGUUACACUCGGAACCACGAUUGCCUGUUUGUUCUGAAGUUGGCGUCGCUUCUACAUCACCGAUGGCAUCUCUGCGACAAGAUCUCAUGCAUAUCUUGAAAAUUACUCUCCUCGGUGACGAGUGGGCCUCGUUAGCUGGUGGUUUGUCAACGUUAAACAGAGAGCUGGCAAUUAACUUGGCAGCGCAGCCUAAUGUGAAAGUCACUCUCUUAGUUCCUGAGAAUGCUCAGAUCACAAAAGAGCACAAAAUGAUGGCUGAGAGAUCUGGCAUAACUAUUGCUAAGGCAGAGGAACGCCCAGGCUUUGAAGAUCCCCGUGAUUGGUUAAACUGGCCGCCGCGGGAUGUCACUAUGGAUGUUGUCAUUGGUCAUGGCAUGAAGCUUGGUCGUCAAGGACAAGUUUUACGAGAAACUAAAUCCUGUCAGUGGGUUCAAUUGGUGCAUACUGCUCAAGAGCAACUUGGCAUACACAAACGUCAUACUAAUGCUAUAUCUGAGGCUGGAAGAAAACAUCAGAUCGAAGUUAAUCUCUGUAAACUGGCUGAUCUUGUUGUACCGGUAGGACCGAAACUGGCAGAGGCUUAUUCUUCAUGUCUGCGAUCUGAGGAAGGCAAGAAUAUUUUUGUCGUCACUCCAGGCCUUUUCAAGGAAUUCGAAAAAUUAAGAGGAAUUACCUUAAAACAACGUCGUAAUGAAAAUUCCGAGUUCAAAGUGUUGUUAUGUGGCCGCGGUGAUUCUAAGAUUUUCGAGCUGAAAGGGUACGACAUUGGUGUUAAAGCCUUUGCUGAUCAGGAACUGAACAGAAAACCUUAUCGUUAUCGUCUUUUAUUUGUGGGUGCACCUGAUGGAAAGGAAGACGAAGUAGCAGGAGAAUUACUCAAAUGUGGUAUUGCGAAAGAGCAGCUGACCGUUAGAAAAUUUGUAGAUAGCCGAGACAAAAUGAAAGACUUGUUUUGUGAAGUUGACCUAGCCAUUAUGCCGUCAAGAACCGAAGGCUUUGGUCUGAUUGCUCUUGAAGCGUUAUCUGCAGGUCUGCCUAUUCUUGUGAGCGGCAAUUCAGGCUUUGCUAAGGCACUGCGGGACUUCCAAAUCGGCAAUUUCUGUAUUUUGGAUUCCGAAGAGCCCAAAGAUUGGGCAGAGAAAAUCAAGGAUGUCCGUGAAAAACAUGGAAAAUGGCUGCAAAAGAUCCAAGCGUUACGGGAACUCUAUGGAAAGGAGUACAGCUGGGAGAAACAGUGUGAAAAGCUUGUAGAAAAGCUGCGGUACAUGGUUCAUGGUACAGCCACACCCCAGACCAGCCUUAGUUGAUAAAGUCACAUUAACUAUGUUACAGAUGGACGUGUGCAUGCAUUUGCAGCCCUCGGCACCGUAGCAAUGCACAACUAAGCACACGAAUAGUGGAUCACAGUAGAUGCAGCCUUCUGUCCAUGUGCAGCGACCAGACUAGUAGAACAUUAACAGAAGUAACCUUGAGAAGAAGGAAAAUUUUGUGUCAACGCAACAAUGGAGUACCAGCAGGCAACAUACAGUUUUGAAAGACUGAAAGACUGUUUUUGAAAGUACCCUUGGCAACGGCAGUAUGUCAUUUAAUGCAUACGUCCAAGAAAAAUCGGCUAUCAUGAAGUUCAACGUUUAACGUUUGAAGCUGAUAAGCUGCAGUUAAUAUUAAUUAUAUAGGAUAUAGCCCAAAGGUAGUUAAAUCUAAGAUGUUCAUUCUUGGAAAGUAAAUAGACCGAGAAAUGAUUCACAUUGAAGCAAAAUGAAUAGACGAUGAGAAUCAAAGUAUAUUUCGUAUUGUUUUUGUCCUAUGAGUAUCGCUUCUUUUGUCAGCUUAUAUUUGAUAUUAUCUGUUUUUGUUAUCAAGUGAUUGCGUGAAUACAUCAAUAAAAAGAAUGAAUUAAAAAUA